UUUUUUUUUUUUUUUCUUUCUUUCAAGAUGCCAUUUACAGACUUUGUUCUGGCCCUUAAAGACAAUCCGUACUUUGGGGCUGGAUUUGGGCUGGUAGGUGUGGGCACAGCUCUGGCUGUGGCCCGGAAAGGAGCCCAACUGGGUCUAGUGGCCUUCCGGCGUCAUUACAUGAUCACCCUGGAAGUCCCUGCUAGAGACAGAAGCUAUGCCUGGUUGCUUAGCUGGCUAACCCGACACAGCACCCGCACCCAGCACCUCAGUGUGGAGACCUCCUACCUACAGCAUGAAAGUGGCCGAAUUUCCACCAAGUUUGAAUUUAUCCCAAGCCCUGGGAACCACUUCAUUUGGUAUCAGGGGAAGUGGAUCCGGGUAGAACGAAAUCGAGACAUGCAGAUGGUAGACUUGCAAACAGGCACUCCUUGGGAAUCUGUCACCUUCACGGCCCUGGGCACCGACCGAAAGGUUUUCUUCAAUAUCCUGGAGGAAGCUCGAGCACUAGCCCUGCAGCAGGAGGAAGGGAAGACCGUGAUGUACACAGCUGUGGGUUCUGAGUGGCGUACCUUUGGUUAUCCACGCCGACGGCGGCCGCUGGGUUCUGUGGUCCUACAGCAGGGUCUGGCUGACCGAAUUGUCAAAGACAUCCGGGAGUUCAUUGAUAACCCCAAGUGGUACAUUGACAGAGGCAUUCCCUACAGACGUGGCUACCUUCUUUAUGGGCCCCCUGGUUGUGGAAAGAGCAGUUUUAUAACAGCUCUGGCUGGAGAACUGGAACACAGCAUCUGCCUGCUCAGUCUCACAGACUCCAGCCUCUCAGAUGACCGGCUCAACCAUCUGCUGAGCGUAGCCCCGCAGCAGAGCCUGGUGCUCCUGGAGGACGUGGAUGCUGCUUUUCUCAGUCGAGACUUGGCCGUGGAGAACCCUGUAAAAUACCAAGGUCUAGGGCGUCUGACCUUCAGUGGACUGCUGAAUGCUUUGGACGGGGUAGCCUCCACCGAGGCACGCAUUGUCUUCAUGACCACCAACCACAUUGACAGGUUGGAUCCUGCGCUGAUACGCCCUGGGCGAGUAGAUCUGAAGGAGUAUGUGGGCUACUGCUCACACUGGCAGCUGGCCCAGAUGUUCCAGAAGUUCUAUCCAGGGCAAACAUCUUCUUUGGCGGAGAACUUUGCAGAACAUGUCCUUGAAGCUACAUCCCAGAUUAGUCCUGCCCAGGUCCAAGGCUACUUCAUGCUGUAUAAAAAUGACCCCAUGGGGGCUAUUCACAAUGUUGAAUCUCUGAGGUGACCCUCCAGGCCACUGUCUGCUCUCAAAAAAAUCUAUAAACACCUGUCACAUUAGUCUGGUCUGUGACUUCCCUCCUCCCUUGCUGUGUUUGUACUUGAGAAUAAACCAGGAGUUGUCAUA